CCUCUAUUCCAGUUUCAUUCUUUUUCAAAACCCCAUUUUCCCCAACUCGUUUAAACUGUAAUUUUGGAUUUUGUAUAGGUUUUCUGAGGAAGGAAACUGUUGUAGACUAUAUUGUGUGUUAUUGUUGUUGUUCUUUGUUUUUUCAAUUUUUUUUUUUUUGAAGAUGAAGAGAUUGAAAAAUGAAUCUUCCAACUCUAAAAAGUUUAGACUAUCUCAUUUUUUGCUUGGUGUUGGGGUUUUGUACUUGCUUUUUAUAUCAUGUAAUUUUUCAAAGUUUCUGAAAAUUGUAUCAACGUUAAGUAGUGAUGAAAGUUACAAUGGAUUAGACGGGGUAGCAAUUAGGGAAUCUUCUGAAGAUUCAGAUUUGAGCAAACCCUUUGUUAGUUCUGUUUAUAAAGAUGCAUUUCAUAGGAGAUUGGAAGAUAAUUUGGACAAAGAUGCUCCCUUGAUGCCAAACAAGGAACCAAUGAAGGAGGAGGAUCGUGGCCGUGAAUCUACCAAGCGUAUUCCUCAAGGAUAUGGUAGGAUUACCGGUGAAAUCAUGAUGCAAAUGAAUAGGACAAGUGAUUUGUCUGUGCUUGAGAGAAUGGCAGAUGAGGCAUGGGCAUUAGGAUUGAAGGCUUGGGAAGAAAUAGAAAAGGUUGAUGAGAAGGAGUUUGGAGAAAGUUCGGUCAUUGAAGGAAAGAUUGAGUCUUGUCCUUCUUGGAUAUCGAUGAAUGGUGAAGAGUUGUUGAAAGGGGAUGGCUUAAUGUUUCUUCCUUGUGGACUUGCAGCAGGUUCUUCACUCACUGUGGUGGGGACACCCCAUUAUGCUCAUAAAGAGUAUUCUCCUCAGCUUGCGAAGUUGAGGAAGGGUGAUGGAUUGGUUUCGGUUUCGCAGUUCAUGUUUGAAUUACAAGGGCUCAAGUCAGUGGAAGGGGAAGACCCUCCAAAGAUUCUUCACUUGAAUCCUCGGCUAAAAGGGGACUGGAGCAAACGCCCUGUCAUUGAGCAUAAUACGUGUUACCGAAUGCACUGGGGAACAGCUCAAAGAUGUGAUGGCCGUCCAUCUGAGGACGAUGGCGGAAUGCUUGUUGAUGGGUAUAAACGGUGUGAAAAAUGGAUGCGGAAUGACAUUGUUGACUCAAAAGAGUCCAAGACAACAUCAUGGUUCAAGCGGUUUAUAGGGCGUGAGCAGAAACCGGAAGUGACCUGGCCGUUUCCUUUCACAGAGGGUAGAAUGUUUGUCCUUACACUUCGUGCUGGUGUUGAUGGAUACCAUAUUAAUGUUGGCGGUCGCCAUAUGACUUCAUUUCCAUAUCGGACUGGUUUUACACUUGAAGAUGCUACAGGGCUGGCAGUUAAAGGAGACCUUGAUGUUCAUUCAGUUUUUGCUACCUCUCUCCCUACUUCACACCCAAGUUUCUCACCGCAACGAGUACUGGAAAUGUCAGAGUCAUGGAAAGCCAGUGCUCUACCCAAACACACUAUUAGACUUUUUAUUGGAGUUCUUUCUGCUUCAAAUCACUUUGCAGAACGAAUGGCAGUUCGGAAAACAUGGAUGCAAGCAGCUGCAAUAAAAUCCUCAGAUGUAGUAGUACGAUUCUUUGUUGCAUUGAAUCCAAGGAUGGAAGUAAAUGCAGUGCUGAGGAAGGAGGCUGCUUACUUUGGUGAUAUUGUCAUUUUGCCCUUUAUGGACCGCUAUGAGCUUGUUGUGCUUAAAACCACUGCUAUCUGUGAGUUUGGGAUUCAGAAUGUGAGUGCUGCAUAUAUCAUGAAAUGUGACGACGACACUUUUGUAAGAGUGGAUACUGUCCUGAAGGAAAUUGAAGCUGUACCCCCGGAAAAGUCCCUUUAUAUGGGUAAUCUCAAUCUCUUGCACCGGCCUCUGAGAAAUGGAAAAUGGGCAGUUACUUAUGAGGAAUGGCCAGAAGCAGUAUAUCCUCCUUACGCCAAUGGUCCUGCAUACAUAAUUUCCAGAGAUAUUGUCACUUUCAUCGUAUCGCAACACAAGGAUAGGAAGCUGAGGCUCUUUAAAAUGGAGGAUGUAAGCAUGGGAAUGUGGGUUGAGCGAUUCAACCAUACAGUGAGCGCCGUGCGGUACUCGCACAACUGGAAGUUUUGUCAGUAUGGAUGCAUGGACGGCUACUUCACUGCACAUUACCAAUCGCCAAGACAGAUGGUUUGUCUAUGGGACAAAUUGUCGAGGGGUCGAGCGCGCUGCUGCAAUUUCAGAUAAUAACAAUCUGAAACUCUAGGCCCACUUUGAUUUACCAUUGUCUUGAAUUGUUGUGCUUAUCUUAGUUCGCAUAGGUUGUUAGCAUUUGGAGAAAAUUACACUGAUGACAAAAUGUAUUACACAUUCAAUUUGAAUGAAAUAGAAUUUAGCAGAGUUUUAAUCAAACAUAUCAAAUGAAACAGCAAAUUUUUCAGUUA